AUGUUAACCGUUGUAUGUGUGGAUGAUAAUUGCAAGUGGAUGCUACGUGCUUCUACUGUCAAGCAAUCUGCAUUCUUCAUGAUCCGUAAAUUCAUCAACGUGUACACAUGUUCCCUUGAUUUUCGUCGUAACGCACAUCGACAUGCCACUAGUUCUGUAAUUGCCGAGCACAUUUUAGGCAAACUAGAUACUCCAGGUCGAUCGUAUGACCCUAUUGCUAUUGCACAUGAUAUGGAACGUGAGUUUGGUGUGAAAAUCAGUUACAACAAAGCUCGUAGGGGAAAGCUUCAUGCCUUAACUAUGCUACACGGUACACCGGAAGCCAGUUUUCAGAAAUUAUCUUCAUACUGCCACGUCGUAGGAGAGAGUAACCCGGGGACAUCAUCUGAAGGGUCCAUACAAAGGGACACUUCGACUGGCAACUACCGAGAUGGUAACAAACAGAUAUAUCCAUUAGCAUGGGGGAUCGUGGAUGCUGAAACCAAUAAAUCCUGGAAGUGGUUUAUGUCCAAUUUGAAAGAGCUUAUAGGGGACUCUGAAGACCUCGUAUUUGUUUCAGACAGAAAAAAGAGCAUUGACAAAGCUAUUACUCAGUUGUUUCCGUUGUCUCACCAUGGUUGUCGUAUCUCGCAUCUCAAAAAGAACCUGAUACAGCGGUACAGCAACGCAAGUGCAAUACUUCUAUUCAAACGAGCUGCUACGACAUAUCGGGUUGAGGACUUUGAAAGACUCAUGGGAUAG